AUGUCCGCGCUAGAUCUCCACCACGCCCUCUUCUCCCCCUUCCCCCACGACGAGCCCCUCCAACAGCACACACGCCACCCCUCCUCCCUCUCCUCCGCAACCCUCCACACCGCCGCGUCCCCGACUUCAUACUCCCACCCGACCGAGCCCCUGCUCGCCGCAGCCGCCUACGACGCCCUGCUCGCCCGCCAGCCCCCGCACCCCGCGGGCCCGCGCCCCGGCUGGGACAUGGGCCUCGCACUCGCAGGCGACCCCCCGACGCCCCACGAGCGCCGCGCCCGCCGAGAGCGCGCCGUGCGCGCCCGCCUGCGCCGCCUGCGCGCCCUCAAGCGCGUCCUGCAGCUCGUCAUCGGCGCAUGGAGCGUCUACACCACCGUGCGCUACUUCCUCGCCUACGUCCUCGCCACCACCCCCACCCGCCAAUCCGUCGCCCUCGCCCUCGCCCUCCCCUCCCUCCUCGCACUCGCAUCCACCCUCGCAUCCACCCUCCCCGCCCUCCUCCCGCGCGACCUCCGCGCCCGCCUCGCCCUCGCCGGAGCCCGCGCAGCCCGCGCAGCCCUCCCCGCCCUCGCCUCGCUCUGCCUCGCCGCCCCCGCGCUCGCCAACCUCGCCCUCGUCUGCGCGUGGCGCGGCACCCCGCUGCUCGCGGGCCGCUGCAGCUGGGACAUCGACGUCGUCUGGCGCGCAGCCGCCAGCGGGAGCAGUGGCCCCGCGUGCCCGCGCCGCGCCGCGUGGGGCGCGUGGCUGGCGGCGGCGCUCGCGCGCGCGGUCCUCACGCUCGUCGUCUUGGUGAGUGUCCGAGUGUUCGAGUGCUGGCAUCUUCUCGUCUUCGUCUUCGUCGUGGGGGCUUCGGUGCGCGGGGGCUUCGGUGCUGCGCUCUCCCCCCUUCCUAUUUUCGUUUCGUCUCCAUCCCAGUUCCCAUCUUCUUCUUCGCCGUCGUCGUCGUCGUCGUCGUCGUCGUCGCGUUCCUCUGCGCGACCAGGGCGCCUUCGCGCCUUCCCCCGUCCGUCCGUCCGCCUGCGCGCGCACCCCGUCUCUCCCCCCCCUGCGCACCCCUGUAUUCUUUUCGCACGCACACGCACACGCGCACGCGCCGCCCCCUCCCCUCUUCACACCUCGUCCCUUGCACCCCGCGCUCCGCCCCGCCCCGCCCCGCCCCGCCUGUCGCUAACGCACCCUCUCCCUCCCUCCUUCCUCACUCCGCACGCACAGACCGCCUACCACGCCACCGCACACGCGUACCACGCCACCCGCCGUCCCUCCCCCCCGUCCUCGUCCUCGUCCGCACGCGCGCGCACACACACACACUCCCCGAAUAAGGCCGCGCUCGCAUACGCGGACCCAGACGCGGACGCGGACCCAGACGCGGACGCGGACGCGGACCCAGACCCAGACGCCCCCGACACGCCGAGCUCGCACACGCUCGCGGGCUCCGCGGAGCUCCACCCACACCCGCACUCGCACCUCCCACACCACCACCACCACCAACCACAGCCGCACCCGCACCAGCAGCAGCCGCUCCACCGCCCGCCCUCCUUCGUCCUCCGACGCGUCUCCCACUCCUCCGCCGUCGCGCCCAGCCUCACCGCGUAUGACCUCGCACCCGCCCCGGCGUACGACCUCGCACCCGCCCCGGCGCCCGACCUCGCACCCGACCUCAACCUCAACCUCGGCGACGGCGGCGGCGGGGCGCCCGUCAUCCCCGCGCACGUGCACUUGCGGCGUCAUGCCCCUUCGUCGUCGGCGUCGGCGGCGGCGGCGGCGGCGGCGGUGGUAGUGGCAGCGGCGCGCGGGGGGCCGUCGCCGGAGCUGUCGGACUCGGAGGAGACGUAUCGGGCGAGUCAUAGCCAGAGCCACGGUCAUAGCCAGAGCCGGCACAGUCGACACGGGUCGGGGUCGGGGUCUGGUGGGUCGGGGUCGGGGUCGGGGUCGAGAGAGGGAGAGGGCGCGGGCGCGGGCGUCAAGUCGCUGCGCCGCGUGCGCAGCAUGUUCGACGCCCAGAAGGACGCCGACACCGACGCGAGCGGCGGCGCGUCGGCGGCGUCAGCCUCGGCGCGGCGCGAGAUGGAGCAGGUCGGGCGCGCGGACGUGGACGCGGACGCGGACGCGGACCUGCAGGGCUUCGCGGACCGCUUCCGCGCGCUCGUGAGCCAGGUGACGCGCGACAUUGAGCACGGGCUGCGUCUCGGCGGCCCCGCGCCGGCACCGGCGGCGCGCGAGCCGUACGGGCGCGGGGGGUACGGCGGGCGGGAGGGGUACGACGACGGCGAGUACGGCGAGUACGACGAGUACGACGAGUACGCGUACGCGCGGGGGUUGUCGCGGCCCGGCGCGCCGGAGCCGCCGCUCGACGGGCUGCACGAUUCGUACGACCCGUACGCCGCGAGCGGGGUUGGGGGCGGCGCGGCGCCGAGCGCGCUGCAGCUGCACCGGCUGCUGGACACGCACGAGGGGUACCUGACGCUGGACGAGUUUGGGCGCGCGGUGCCGUCCGAGGAGCGGAUCGCGGUGCUGGGCGGGGUGGUGAGGCGGAUGCCGACGAUCGAGAGCGUCGGGUCGCGCGAGCGGGAGUGGGAGCGCGCGGGGGCGGGCGGCGGCGGCGGCGGCGGUGGCGGCGGCGGCGCGGGCGGGGGCGCGUACGCGGGGAGCGGGAGUCUGAGGGCCGGGAGCAGUAUGGCUGGGAGCAGUCUUGGGGCGGGGAGUAGUAGGGCGGGGAGCAGGGCGGGGACGGUGGCGAGCGGGGUGGGGGGCAACGGAGGGGGCGGGGGCGGGGGCGGAGGCGGGGGGAGCUUGGGGUGGUCGAGGCCGCCGACGAGGGCGACGGUGUUGACGUCGUUAUCUGGGAGCACGCGGAGCGAGGGCCCGAGUCGGAGCAACAGCUUGAGCUAUGGGUCCGUGCAGGGCCCUGCUGCUGCUGCUGCUGCUGCUGCUGCUGCUGCUGCUGCUGCUACGGUGGCGGCGGCGGCGGGUGCGGCGGCGGGUGCGAGCGAGGGCGGGAGCAGCAGCAGCCGGCCGUCGACGGCGCCGACGAGCGCGUACGUGACUGCGUUUACGGGCUCGGGCUCGUCUGCGGCUGGCUCGUCUACGUCGGGGUCGAUGGCGAGCGGGGUCGCGGGGCGGAGUAGGAGCAGCAGCUUGGGCGCGGUGGAGGCGCUCGGGACGGUCACGGAGCUCGGGGAGUGGGCGAGUGCCGCGCGCGCGGGCGCGGGUGGGCGGGGUGCGGGUGCGGGUGCGGGUGCGGGUGCGGAGGAGGAGAGGGAGGGGGGGAGUCGGCCGUCGACGGCGACGGGGUAUUAUACGCCUGCGUCGGGGGCGGGGACGGGCUCGGGCUCAGGGACGGGGACGACGGAUUCGGGGAGGGUGGUGGUGAGCGAGGUCGGGGAGAUCGCGAAUAGGGAGUCAGUGUAUUUCUCUGCGACGUCUGGGUCGGGGUCGACGGCGGGCAGCGCGAGCGCGGGUGCGGGUGGGCUGGGCGGCACGGCGUCGUCGUCGAACACGUUCGGCGUGCGCAGCUAG